UCCCUCCCUCCUCCUCAGAGGAGCUGCUCUGUCUCUCUGCACUUGUCUCCUCAGUCAAGGAGAAACUAAUUGGAGGAAAGAAUAGAAGAAAGGAGCUGUUGGAAAACUAAACACAUCAAAACUUUACUUCUCUACAGCAUGCCACAGAAAGAUUUCAGAAGUCAAACAAGCUGGGAGACUGGUGUGGCCUCCAUGAUGCAAAACAAGGUCCAUGUUCUCUGCAGUGAAGGUCACAGUGGAGUAAACCAGCUGGGAGGUGUGUUUGUGAAUGGGAGACCUUUACCUGAUUCCACCAGGCAGAAGAUAGUGGAGCUGGCACACAGUGGAGCUCGACCCUGUGACAUAUCCAGAAUAUUACAGGUGUCUAACGGCUGUGUCAGUAAAAUCUUGGGCAGGUAUUACGAGACAGGUUCAAUCCGUCCUCGGGCCAUAGGAGGGAGUAAACCCAGGGUGGCCACUCCAGAGGUGGUGGGAAACAUCGCUCAGUACAAGAGAGAGUGUCCGUCCAUUUUUGCCUGGGAGAUCAGAGACCGACUGCUGGCAGAGGGAGUCUGCACCAAUGACAAUAUACCCAGUGUUUCAUCUAUAAAUCGAGUGCUCAGGAACCUGGCCAGUGACAAACAGCAAAUGGGCACAGCGGGAGCUGAAGGGAUGUUUGACAAACUCAAAAUGCUCAAUGGACAAACUACCUGGGGAGGACGCUCGGGGUGGUACGUUGGGACUACACUCACUACCGCUGAGUGUCCACAGGCAGAGGGGGGGGAGAACACCAUAUCUGUUAGUUCCAAUGGUGAAGACUCAGAGGAGACUCAGAUGAGGCUCCAGCUGAAGAGGAAACUGCAGAGAAACAGAACAUCUUUCACACAGGACCAGAUAGAAGCACUGGAGAAAGAAUUUGAAAGGACUCACUAUCCAGAUGUGUUUGCCCGAGAACGCCUUGCCAACAAAAUAGACCUUCCAGAGGCAAGAAUACAGGUUUGGUUUUCCAACAGACGAGCGAAGUGGAGAAGAGAGGAGAAGCUGAGAAAUCAACGUCGUCAGGUGUCCAACUCCUCCAACCAUAUUCCCAUCAGCAGCAGCUUCAACACCAGUGUUUACCAGCCUCUACCACAACCUACUACACCAGUGUCGUUCUCAUCAGGGUCCAUGUUAGGAAGGUCAGAUCCAGUUCUGUCCAACAGCUACAGCCUACCAGCCAUGCCCACCUUCAGUAUGGCUACCAGCCUGCCUAUGCAAGCAUCCAGCCAGACCUCUUAUUCCUGCAUGCUGCCCACCAGUCCCACUGUAAAUGGAAGAAGUUAUGAGACAUAUACUCCUCCUCACAUGCAGCCACACAUCAACAGCCAGUCAAUGACGUCCUCUGCAACAUCCUCAACAGGUCUGAUUUCCCCUGGUGUCUCAGUUCCAGUCCAAGUUCCAGGAAGUGAAGCUGACAUGUCACAGUACUGGCCACGCCUGCAGUGAUGUCAUUUCUCACGGCAAUCGUUCUUGCCUGCAGUGAUCAUCAGCUGUGACUGCUGCAACAGGACUGUAUGGGACAUCAUAACCUAACCCUACUUUACAGCUUGAAUGUCAAAAAGGACUUGUCAUUGACUGAAACAGACUGCACUGCAGCAAAUGAAGGAGUUUGAGUACUCUUCCAAUUGAAGGGUUUUAAUAUUACUGUAAACCAGUACAAAUCCAGCUACAACUGGAUCAAAGGUCUUGGGGAGCCUUGGGGUCAGCUGCCAUUCAAAGUUUGGCUGGUGAGGACACUCUGGCACUUGCUCAGAGUGAAAAACGUUAGCCUGAGCUGUACUCAGGAAGCUCAGGAAGGUGGGCCGUCCUUUGGUAAUAAUAAACUCCAGAUAAGAAUAAACUGGUCAGUGUUCAUUUGGACAUUCUGUGGGAAGACAUAUUACCUCCACUUUCAGUUUCUAAUUUAUAUCAUGUUGGUGUAUUUGUAGCAAAAACAAAGAUGUUGAUUGAAGUGUAAAGGGAAGAACGUAAUGAAACUUGAAAUGAACUAUCUGCUCUGAAUUUGUUUCAUCAGCAGAUUCCAAAAUCCCCAACCUGGAAUGUGUAUAGAAUUUCAGAAUGUGUGAAAUGUGUUUGGGAUUGUAAAAACUCUGACCUUGAUGUGAUCUGCUAAGUGGCUAAGUGAUUUUAAACUGAAAAACUAUGUCCAUUUGGCAGGGAAAAUCUCAGUUUGUAUUAAUUCCAAAGUUCCUAUGUCCAGAAAUGCAACAGUAAAGCUAUUGAACUAUUGAAAAACUGGAAGCAGAACAAACACUUUGCUAGCUCAUAAAAAGUGAACAUUAGAUUGUGUCUGGGAUGUAAAUCUGUUUCUAAUUUCAAAGUGUAAAGUAUUUGUCUUCUCCACUGAUCUGGGAGGGUUUCCAUAAUAAAUAAAUAAAUAAAUAUGUUUUUCAAUUAUA